AUGACUAUCGCCUACCGCAACGGUGUCGAAAUCGGCGAACUAAUCGUCUAUAUUCCCUCCCUAUUUCUCUCCACUUUACUAGCCUUUCGUCAGGGUUUUGGCCGCAGCUCUGGCUGGUACUUUCUCAUCGUCUUCUGUCUCGCCCGAGUCAUCGGUUCAUGCAUGUCUUUGGCCGCCAUAUCCUCCCCUUCAGUAUCUCUUUUCACUGGCUCACUCAUCCUACAAAACGUCGGCCUCUCUCCUCUGAUACUCGCUACACUUGGCCUUUUGAGUCGUGUCUUGGAAAUCAUUAAUCGAAAUACACAUACAUUUGUGCAGCCACGAUUACUGAAACUCGUUGAGUUACUGAUGCUGGUUAGUCUGAUUCUUGGUAUUGUAGGCGGAACAAACGCAAGUCAUUCAUAUACCACAACCGGGAAAUGGAUUCCAGGAACGGAAAGCAAAAUUUCUGAAAUCUUGUCGAUUGUCGCUUUUAUGUCACUCCUCAUUAUUACCAUCCUCACCAGUUUCUCAAUCUCACAUGCGGAGAAUGGAGAAAAGAGAAUUUUGCUGGCCGUUGCUCUCGCAUUGCCAUUCCUAUCUGUUCGACUCCUGUAUUCCGUUCUCUCAACUUUCGUAACUCAUUCUUCCCAAUUCAACUCUUUCACCGGCAGCGUCACAAUUUUAUUAUGCAUGGCAACUCUCGAGGAAGUGGUGAUUGUGGCUCUUUAUUUGGCGAUUGGAUUGACGUUGAAAGUUCUGUCAGGAGAUAUGGUUGUUGAAGGGGAUAUGCAACGGCUUCCAGGAACUCCAGAUAGUGAUGGGCUUGGUCAACAGACUUGA